AUGGAAAGAAAAACAUUGUCAUUUGUUUUAAUGUGUGUGGUGAUUGGGAUGCUUGCAGGGCAAGGCAAUGCAUGGUUUAAGGAUUUUAAAAAUUGUUUAAAAGAUUGUCUUGUUCAAUGUGCUAUUCCUCCAUGGACUCCAAUUUGCCCUGCUAGUUGCAUUACUAAAUGCAUUAUUCAUCCUUCUUCAGCUUAUUCCUCUACUCAUGCUACUCAUCAGUUUUGUACUGCUGGUUGUGCUACAACCUUGUGCUCGAAGCUCAUCACCGAAAAUAACCCGAAUUUGGAUCAAGUGGAAAGCUGUGUGAAUGGUUGCUCAGGGACAUGUAAGAACAAUUAUGUGCCAGCAAAUUGAUGGGAAAAAACUUAAAUCAUCUGGUGGGUCAGGAUUGAUGCUAAUGAAGAUUAAUUUCUGUAUCAACACAUUAUGUCCAAAAUUAGGACUAAAUUAUAAAUAAAUACAGAAUUUAA